ACACAGUCAGUCGUUGAUCUGUCAGAGUCGGGAGAGUGAGAGUGAGGAGCCGCUGGUCUGCGUCCGAGCCCAGCCAGCCUACAGGGAGGGCAGGGCUCCGAGGGGCCGAGGAUUCCCCUGCCACGCGAGGGGUGGGGUAGCCGGGCUCCAGGGUCCACCAGCAGCUCCCAGACAUCGUCAGUCACUCCUGUGGCUCCCCGGAGCUGCAGCCAGGAGGAAAGAGCAAACUUUCCCAGGCGCCUCCUGCUCGUUGCCCCCGCAGGGGGAGUCCCUGAGCGUGCCCUCCCAUCCCGCACCUCGGAGCUCUCCAGACCCUGAGCCUCCCAGAAGCCCAGGUCCCUGGCCAGGGGACCACCUGGGUCUGCCUUCUGCUAGGAGGACAGCCGGACUCUAGUACCCCUGCCUCUUAACUUGGGCUCCCCAAGAAGGCAGGGCACCGGCUCGGGGACAUCCCCUAGAUCUAGGUCCGGCAGCUGGGCCCCCAGGGGAGGGCAUCGUGAGUGGCCAGGGGGAGCCCCAGGCUCUUCCACACACCAAGGAGACGGGCAACCUGGGGGAGAAGGUCCAGGAUGGGGGCUGGAGGCCCUGCGGUCAGGAGGAAGAUGGACUGCUGACUCUGGACAGCACAGGCUCCGGGGGGCCUGUGGAAGCUGGGGAAAACAAUGAUGAGGAAUCUUCUACUUCUGCUGCCUGCUCCACCUGCCCCAUCCUGGACCUGCCCCCUCCCUGGCCAACAGGCUGCGGGGCUGAGGACGUCCAGGCCUUCUGUUUCAUCUGCCUUCACAAGGAAGAGGAGCCCCUGGAGACCCUUCCAUUGCAGAGGGAGAAGAUGAGCGGCGGCUGCCCAGAGCAGGAGCCCCCCCGCGCGCUGGCCUGCUGCAGUGGCAGUGGGGUGCCCCUCCUCACCGAGGACAUGCAGGCCCUCACCAUCCGCACACUCUCGGGCACGGAUGUCAGCAAGCACUAUGACCUCAUCCGGGAGCUGGGCAAAGGCACCUACGGCAAGGUGGACCUGGUGUCCCACAAGAGCACAGGGACCAAGAUGGCUCUGAAGUUUGUGAAUAAGAGCAAGACAAAAUUGAAGAAUUUCCUUCGGGAAGUCAGCAUCACCAACACACUCUCCUCCAGCCCUUUCAUCAUCAAAGUCUUCGAUGUGGUGUUUGAGACCGAGGACUGCUAUGUCUUUGCCCAGGAAUACGCACCUGGUGGGGACCUCUUCGACAUCAUCCCACCCCAGGUGGGGCUCCCCGAGGACACAGUGAAGAGAUGUGUGCAGCAGCUGGGCCUGGCCCUGGACUACAUGCACGGACGGCACCUGGUACACCGAGACGUCAAGCCCGAGAACGUGCUGCUCUUUGACCGGGACUGCCGACGGGUGAAGCUGGCCGACUUCGGCAUGACCCGAAGGGUGGGCUGCCGAGUGAAGCGGGUCAGUGGCACCAUCCCCUACACGGCCCCCGAGGUGUGCCAGGCAGGCAGGGCCGAGGGCUUCGCCGUCGACACCGGCGUCGACGUCUGGGCCUUCGGCGUGCUCAUCUUCUGCGUCCUCACGGGCAACUUCCCCUGGGAGGCCGCCUCGGGCACAGAUGCCUUCUUUGAGGAGUUUGUGAGGUGGCAGAAGGGGAGGCUUCCCGGCCUGCCUUCCCAGUGGCGACGUUUCACGGAACCGGCCCUGCGGAUGUUCCAGAGGCUGCUGGCCCUGGACCCUGAGAGGCGGGGACCAGCCAAGGAGGUGUUCCGCUUCCUCAAGCACGAGCUAACGUCGGAGCUGCGUCGCCGGCCUUCUUGCCGUGCCCGUAAGCCCGCGGGUGACCGGCUGCCCGCUGGGCCACACCGCCAGGAGGCCCCAGCACCUCUCAAGAGGACCGUGCUGACCGAGAGCAGUGGGACCAGGCCCUCGCCUCCCACCCCUCCUGAAUCUGGCCUCACCUCACCAGGGCCAGCCAGCAGGGCGGAUGGGCGGCAGGACAAGAGCAAGGGGCAGCUGGUCCUGGCCACAGCAAUAGAGAUUUGCGUCUGAGCUGCCCCCCUGCCCGAUGCCAGUCCCCCCUUCAAGGGCUCCUCUGUGGCAACUCCUAGGGAGGGCUCCUCACCCCAGCGCCUGCACCCAUGAGGCUAGCAAGAGCCCCCCAGACCCAACGGGUGAGGGGGACAUAGGGGAACAGGGGACUCAGGGUGGGGAGAGGCCCUUCCUUUGCCUGCUAAAGGAACCAGGAAUCACAGUUCCCCAAGCAAAAAAGAAACACGGUUAGACAAUAGUAAUAUCGUAGUACUAGCCUGAGUAGCUCUAUAAGGAUCAGUCAGGACAGAGAUUGAAGAAUGCCCUGUUCAGAUGCUGGGGAGCCGGUGGGCCCUACCACCCCCCCAGGCUCCAGGCACUCUCCCUCCCCAAGGGGAGGAAGGCAAUGGGGUUGGCGACAGCAGGGCUGGGCUGCAGCAGUUCCACAGGAGCCUCCGGUGAGACAUUAACCAAAAAUCUAUUCAAGGGGCAAGGAAGGAGAUAGGGCAGUGCCUGUCCCCCUGAGCGGUGAAGAGGGACCAAGCUAGGGAAAGGCCUAGAGCCCAGGACCUGCAUCAAGAGGGACAGGCUGCCAGAGCAGACCCAGGUUUGGAGAUGGAUCCUGUGGGACCCAGGGGGGCUCUUAGCCCAGCUAAAGGGGCAGGGUUGACUCCAAUCUGCUUUCUCUACCCCUGUUUCUCCCUGCUCCCUCCUCCUCCUCUUCCUUCUCCCCAUCUUACUGAUGUGCUGGACCAUCUGAAGUCUUUCAGUCUCUCCUAGCCAUUCUGUCCCAUACCUGGCCUUUCUCCUUCCCCCCGUCUUUCUUACCCUCUCUCCACGUUACCCCAGACUCUGCCCCUCUUUCUUGGGUAAUGCCCUCUCCUCAGGCCCUUAGUUUUGCCUUUCCCUUCUCUCCCCCUUUGGGGAGGAGAUGGGGCCAGGUUUCUCUUAGGGAGCAGGGAGAGAGAAGGGGCUGUUGAUCCCCAAGUCCUGGCGGAGGCCCCAGGAUCAGAGAAAGCUGUCGCCAGUGAAGAAGACAACAGGAAGAUCCAAGGUUCUGGACUGCAUAGAAUGGGGGAGCAUCCAAGGUAACCAUCCUGUGGCGCCCAGCCCUGCCUACUCCAGAAAGCGAGCGGGGCAGCCUCCAGGACAGGCAGGGAGAGGACUGAGACAGGAGAAAGACCGGACGCAGAGAUGAACUGACCCAGCUACCUGAAACAUGUAGCAAAUGUGUAGUGUGUGUAUGUGAGUGUGUGUGUGUGUGUGUGUCGCAGACAUAGAAUAGACUGUCAGAGCUAGAAGGGAUCUUAAGAGUUCGUUUAAUGAUAGGAUCGUAGAGUUAGAGCUAAAACGGACCUCUUAUUUUACAGAUGGGAAAGGAGGCCAGAGAGGGAAGCCCCAAAUUACCCAGCAUGACAGUGCCAGACCCCGUGUCUUCCCUAGAGGGCUGGCAGGUCUCCUCGUAGAAGAGGGGCCUGUCCUACGUGACAGACCUGUGACCCACGUUCUCGUGCCUGUCCUGCCAUGUCUAGGAAGGCCGCCUCUCCCAUCUUCCUAGGACGGUUGACAGCGGGGAUAGAGCCGGAAUUCAGGAGUUAGGAGUGGGAUUGCGGCACAAAGAUGGUGAGCGAGGGCCCAAAUUCAUCUAGAUUCUCCUGCCUGGGUCAUCAGGCCUUCCUUCUGACUCCCUUUGAAUGAGAGCAAGAAGGGAAUCCCCUGCACUGGGCUAGAGGGAAUACCUACCUACCUUCCCUACCUUAUUCCCCCCCAUCUAAACGAAGAUAAGGAGUGCCCUUAGAAGAUAUCAAUGAAGAACUCAUCUUCUUAAGGAGGAACCCUGAUGGAGGCCCAAUAGCAUGGCCUAGGGACUGAGAUGCCUAAUAAAGCAGGCAGCUGGGGACAAAGAACAGGACUCCCUGGCAUAAUAGUCCUAUCCUGGGCUCGGGUGAGGAGUUCUUUGGAAGCCUGGCCAGGCCUGGGGGAGGAGAGCAGCCAGGAAGCCGAGGAUUCUGGGAUGUUGGUGCGGGGAUAAAGAAUGGCUCUGGCCAGGCAGUCAUGAGCUCCAAGCCUGAGCUUGUCCAGGGGGAAGGUCCAAGUCUUUGUGUGACAAGGGCCAGCGCCACCCUGUGAUGGGGCACCAGCCUUGGCCUUAUCAGAACUGAAGAAUAUCAAAGCUAAAAGAGAUGCCUAGUUAAAUGCCUUCAUUUUAGAGGAGAGACUGAGGCCUAGAGAGGGCCACGGUCUGCCCAGGGCUCAGAUCCCAGCCUCCAGCUCCCAGCUCUGGGCUUCCCCCCAAAAUGGCUCUGCCCAGGAUGGUGGUAGGACUCUAGGAUUGAGGAAGGACCCAAGGCAGAAGCAGCCCUGAUGGAGGAUUCCUCAACCCCUUCCUAACCUGCAGGGGGCUUGGAUCUGACUCACCAGCUCUAGGUCAGUCAGGCACCAAGCGCUGAAGCACUUCCUCUGUGCCAGGUUGCUGCUUCCAGAGACUGGGAGGCUCUUGGGGGAAGGAGGGAACUGAGUUAGGAAGGGUGGGCAUAAGUAUGAGGAGGGGAAUGAAGGUAUGAAUCCCCGCCUCCCCCCAAGGUGUUUCUCUUCACCUGGCCCUUGAUAGAAGGAGGGAACAGGGCUCAUCACACCAGUCAGUCACACCAGUCUCCACCAAAGCCCUGGGGGUUCCAAGGAUCCAAAGAUCCUCGGGGCAUUUCCUGGUGGGGCAAUGGAAACACACUAGGAAUAGGCAGCUGCCGGCCAGUCUAAGGGAAAAGCCAAGGAAAUGAGAGUGGGGGCUCACCCCUAUCAGGAACCCCUCUUUCCCAAACUCCCCACCACCCCUGGGUCUUCAGGGGAUUCUUAGCAAUAACCUCUUAUCUGGUGGGGCCGGGGAACCUAGGGGCACCAGACCCAAAGGGCUUCCCAUCUUCCAGUCCCUCCUAGCCAAGGCCUCCUGUUCCUCCUUACCCCACCACAGCCUCCACUGAAAGAGGAGGCUCCAGGGACCCCUUGCAAGCCCAGAUGAACCAGUCAACACCUCAUCCUCAGGGUUAGGGGUCCCUCAUCCCCAUCAACCCAAAAAAGGGUAGGCACUGGCAGCCCUGCCCCCCACUCCUUCCAUCAGGGCCUGAACCCUUCUUUAUCCAGCACUCAGGUGAGGGAUGGGGGAUAGGGUUUGGGGAGCAGCCCCCUGCCAAUCUAGCCCUGCCCAGUGUCCUUGAGUGGGAUGGGCCCCUCGGUGGCUCCUGGGAGUGAUAUGCCACACACACCCAUCCUACAACAAGCAACUUCCUCCAUCCCCUCUCCUCCCCUCCCUGCAAAUCACACAAAAGGGCUAUUGACUCCUCACCCCAGACCUAGGCACAGUUUACAAACCAAGCUUACCCUGCACUGGCCUCAAUCUCUUUCCAUUCUCUUCAAAUUGGGGCAAAGGAUCAUGGACGCUUCCAGGGCAGAGUCCUUGCUCAGUCUUCAAGUUGGAGAGUGGGAAGGGAAGGUGAGGGUAAAGAAGGGCAACAUCUAGCCCAGCCAAGAUGCCAAAAGUGUCCCCUUCUCCAGGCAGGCAUUGGUGCCCUCUGGAGAUGUGCUAGGGGAGUAGCAAAUGGCCCUCUCCUUCCCUGGACCCAUCUUCAUGGAGAUCUCCUGCUUCCCAAGCCCCUUCCCUUGGGCAGUCAGCCUCACUCGUCCCAUCUGGGCAAGCCCCAGGCUAUAGCAAGGCCCCAAGACCACCAGUGCCCAAUCCUGAACUCUUCAUCUUCAACUCCUCCUUUUGCCUUAGGCCUCCUCAAAGUCCUGAUCUCUCUCGUGCAAUAAUGUCCAAGCGAGACUCAGCCGUAGACAAACUUCUCGAACUCUCACUUUUUUUAAGAUCCUGUUGAGGCUUUUCUCUUGUUGUAGAAUCCUAGAUUGUUAGAAUGAGAAGGGGACCUUCUGUACCAUUCUAGUCCAAUCCCCUCAUUUUACUGAUGAGGACACUGAGGCCCAGAGAGAGGAAGUGACUGCCCCAACGUCACACAGCAAGUUGGUGACAGAGCUGGGACAAGGACCAUGGUCUUCUGAUCCGUGGUCAGUCUGGGGCUCUUCACACCACAUCUCUGCCUUCUCUGGCCAUCAGGUUGGGACCCUUUGCCCCAUAAGAGAGGUUUUGGUCACAGAUGUUUACCUCAGUUUAUGUCACUGUUAAAGAAACAAAAA